AUGUCUGGCUACGGGAGCAGCACGGAUGGCUCGGGGGAGCAUUCAGAGCCCGAGGCCGGGAUGGGGGCAGCCCGGAGCCUCCAUCUGAGUUCUCAGCCUCAGAGGCUCUGGCGAGUGGCCAGGCACAGAGGCGGCAGCGGGGAUGCCAUCGCUCCCCUCCUGGCCAGCGCAGAGAGCCAAAGCACAGACACGGAGAGUGAAAGCAUCCUCUCGGGGACCCUGGAAGACAGAGCAGAAGCCACAGGCGAGUACUCUGACAGCGAGCUGACAGAGGAAGGGGAGGAGGAGGAGGAAGGCGCGGAAGAGGAGGGGGGAGAGGAGGAGGAGGAGGAGGAGGAGGAGGAGGCGGCAGCGCAGCCCCGGGGGCAGAGCAGCGAGGCCAGCCCUCCCCAGCGCGUGUCCGAUGAGCGGGAGGCCCUGGAGAAGUGGGUGUCCUCGGAGACCUCCGCGCUGCCCCGGCCCCGCUGGCAGGUGCUCAGUGCCCUGCGCGAUCGGCAGCUGGGCUCCAGCGCCCGCUUCGUGUACGAGGCCUGUGGGGCCCGGGUGUUUGUGCAGCGCUUCCGCCUGCAGUACGGGCUGGAGGGCCACAGCGGCUGUGUCAACAGCGUCCACUUCAACCAGCGCGGCACCUGGCUGGCCAGCAGCAGCGACGACCUCACGGUGAUCGUCUGGGACUGGGUGCGGCAGCGUGCCGUCAUGGCCUUUAACACCGGCCACAGAAAUAACGUCUUUCAGGCCAAGUUCCUUCCCAACUGUGGCGACUCCACCCUGGCCACGUGUGCCCGCGAUGGGCAGGUGCGCAUAGCACAGCUGCCUGCCAUCUCGCUCAGCAGGGUGUCCAAGCGCGUGGCCCAGCACAGGGGAGCCUGCCACAAGGUGGCCCUGGAGCCGGACUCCCCUGUCACGUUCCUCACGGCGGGGGAAGAUGCAGUCGUCUUUGCCGUUGACCUCAGGCAGGACCGCCCAGCGUCCAGAUUGGUGGUAACCAAAGAGAAUGAGCGGAGAGUGGGACUGUACACAGUCUUUGUGAAUCCUGCCAACACUUACCAGUUUGCCGUGGGGGGACGAGACCAGUUUGUGAGAAUUUACGACCAGAGGAAAAUCGAUGAGACUGACAAUAACGGGGUGCUCAAGAAGUUCUGUCCUCAUCACCUGCUCAACUGUGAUUCCAAGUCCUUCAUCACCUGCCUCGUGUACAGCCACGAUGGCACCGAGCUCCUGGUCAGUUACAAUGAUGAAGAUAUUUACCUCUUCCACUCCUCCCACGCUGACGGAGCCCAGUACGUGAAGAGAUACAAGGGGCACAGAAAUAAUGCCACGGUCAAAGGGGUCAAUUUCUAUGGGCCCCGAAGUGAGUUUGUGAUGAGCGGUAGUGAUUGCGGCCACAUCUUCCUCUGGGAGAAAUCAUCCUGUCAGAUCGUUCAGUUCAUGGAGGGGGACAGGGCAGGGAACAUCAACUGUCUUGAGCCCCAUCCUUACCUACCUGUGAUGGCGACCAGUGGCCUAGACCACGAUCCCAAGAUCUGGGCACCCACAGCUAAGGCCACCACUAAGCUUACUGGGCUAAAUGAUGUGAUGAAGAAGAACAAGCAAGAUCGAGAUAGAGAGGGAGAGGGCAACAACUAUCUGUUUGACAGUAACAUGUUUUCGUUGCUCAUGCGUCAAUUCACACGCGGAGGUCAUCCCCGUAGGCGGCGUCGCAGGGCACCUCUUGGAGCUAGAGUCCUGGAUGCAGAGUCAGAUGAGUCUUCUGGUUCCUCAGAUGCUUCCUAGAAGUUAGAACCCCAAGACCGUCAGCGGAGCCCGCCAUCCUGA